AUGGAUGUAAUGAUGUCGAAAGAGAGCGUACGGAAGAGGCUUGAAUCGGAGCAGGGAAUGAAAAAAUACCCCAAUGAGAGUGAGAACCUCCCAGAACUGAGAAUCUCGACCGACACUUCGCGUUUUCCUUACAAGAACAAGCAGGGACACCGGUCUGCCAUUCGGAUUUCUCGAAUUGUAUCAGAAACAUUAAAAUUAGGAAUGGAGAAAUCCUCCACCAUAAAAUCAUCUGCCCCAACCGUGGAGGAGCAGGAGGUGGUGGACUUGGUGGAGGACUGGGAGGUGGAGUUGUCGGUGAACUGGGAAGAGGAGCUGCGGGUGGACAUGGCGGAGGAGCAGGAGCAUGAGGUGGUGGUGGACUUGGUGGAGGGAGCGGUGGAUGUUUAG